GAGUGAACCUUGUGCAAAGUUUGCGAAGUUCGCAUUUUUCUCCGUAUUAUCGUACCUUGUAUUUAUUACGAUAAUUGAAAUAUAGUGACAGUUAACUCCCGAUAUUAUUUUCAAGUGGAUAAACGGUCCCGAUGUUUUAAUAACAAGCAUUAAAUACGGUCAAAAUGUCACGCAAAAUGAGCAUCAGCAUCGUGAACACCAUUCCACAUUCGAGUUCUAAGUGAUUUACUUUGAUUUAAAGGUGUUUUUAACUCAAGUUAAGUGUUGUUAUCAUGUGAAGAAGUGUACGUCAAGUUUGUCUUGAGUAUAAUUUAAUUGAGUACACAUGAAAACAUUUGAAAAUUUUAUGUACACGUCGUACAGGAGCGCACUUAGGCCUGUGAGAGUUUAAAACUUGCCGGUAUCAUUAUGGUGGACUGAAAGAUUGUGUUUAGAUAUAGUGGAAUUGAAAGAUAGGUGACGAAACGUGCCUGGGAGGCUCAGCGCAUGAUGUCAGGUGGAUCGCAACACAACCCAAACGGCAGACAGGCCCAGCUCGGGGCAGGCUGGAGUCCCUUGCAGUUACAGGUGGCCAACCUGCUGGCGCGAGCUCCGCAGGCGCACAUGGCUUCGGACCGCGGCGUCACCUGGCACACGCCGACGCCACCGCCGCACUUGUACCACGUGCCGGCGCCUUCGCCCCCGGACCCCCUGCAGGCGAUGAAGUCUGCUACCGGCAACUCGGUAUUCCGGCACACCGCGACGCCGCCGGAGAUGUACCGGCACACCGCGACACCGCCGGAGCUGUAUCGACACACGCCGACACCGCCGGACAAGCAUCACAUGAGACAUACACCAUCACCUGGUGAUGUGAAAGCUGGUACUGUGAUGCAACCAACCGAACUGUACCCGCAUCUAGGGCCUUCUAGAGAUAAGCUGGUGCGCGCGGAGGAGCUGCUGGCGUACGCGCGCGGCGGCGUGGACCUCACGGUGGGGUCGAGGAACGGGUCGCCGCACACGCCCGCCCUGUCCGUGCGCGACGCGCCCACCAUCAACAGCCUGAUCGCGCGGCACGCCCGGCCGCCGCACGCGCGCGUCGACGCGCUGCUCGAGCGGCUCUCUACUGCGCCCGUCUCCCCGCACUCCGUCAUCGUGCACAGCCGAGCGGCACCCACACCUUCGCCUCCCUCCUCCAAUGAGGAUUCAACAGAUUCCUGUGGAGCUCCACCUGGGUCGAAACGGAAACGAAAACCGGAGCGCACGCUGCGAGUACCGGUGCCACCUCCUCUAGGCAGCGUGAAAUGUGCGCCUGCUGAAAUGACCGACGCUGCCACACCUCAGAGUUUUCCCCAAGAUAACCCCGCGCUAGAAAACGGUGACGUGCAUCAAAAUGGACCUGAACGCACUGAGAAACUGGAUCCGGCUCCCGAGCCGCACACUCGAAGAAAAUCACGAUCAGGCUCGGCUGAAACCAUUGACGACAUUGCCGCUAUGAUCGCGAACACAGAACACACGAUGCCCCCGGAGCCAUUACACAUUGAGCCAGAAACACCCGUCACGAUAGACAAACUCAAAAGCGUCCUCGCGAGCCCCGAGCCUGAAAAAUCUCCACAGAGUUCCCCGAAGCCUAUAUCCUCCCCACCAAAAACCCCAGUGAUAUCACCAACGAAAUCCCCUCAUACGUCACCACCGAAAUCGCCAGUUAAAGAAGAACUGGAAGAGCCCGCAAGUGCGGCCGCGCCGAGGCGGCGUAAUUCUGAAUCGUCAAACGUGCCUGUUGAAUCACCUUCGGAAGCAAAGCCCGCCGAAUCGUCUGAAACGAAAACAGCCGAACCAACUUCGGCCAGCUUCGUCGAAGUUGAGAAUCAGCUUGAGAAAAUGUUUGCGGGCAUUGAAGAACCGCCAAGUACUGUGGAAAACGCCCCGAAAAAUAGGAAGCGAAGAAAAUCCGCACCAACCAAAGGUGAGAAAGCAUCAAAACGUACAAACAGACGAUCGACGGGAGAUGAAGCGCCGAGACGAAAACCGCCCAAGAAGAAGGGAAGAAAAGACGGUGUUGCCAAGGAUGCGUAUGAUUCAGGGAGCAACGCUAGUUCUAGUCGUUCCAGAGGACCAUACAUACAGAUUGUGGGUCGGCGUGACUCGCCCGUUUCCGUGGCUGUUGUUAAUGCCACAACAGAAGAAGAAAGACGAACUGAUGAAUGGAGGAACAGUCUGAAGGCCCGGGGGCUCCAUGCCAGUACACUUGGUCUUCGGUAUGAUGCCUCCACACCGGACGUAUCGUGGCUAUGUGCAUUCUGUGAAAGAGGACCUCAUUACAAUGGCCUUGGGGACUUAUUUGGACCGUACACUGUUGAUUUUAACUGUGAGGAGUACAGAUCACUUGAUGAAGCCUCAAGGCAGAGGUUUCCCAGUACAGAUGGUGGUGCAGAGGUUUGGUUUCAUGAAGCUUGUGCAGUUUGGGCGCCAGGGCUGGUUGCAGCCGGGUCUCGGCUCUGGGGCCUCGCCUCUGCGGUGUGGAGUUCCCGGGCUUCCAAGUGUGCGCAUUGUUCCACAGCCGGGGCACCCAUUGCCUGUGCCACACGAACCUGCCGCGCCAGAGCUCAUCUCCCCUGUGCUACCUCCAACAAAUGGAAUCUGGAUGAUGAGAACUUCAAAGCUAUCUGUCCGCGUCACGUCUAGCAUACACUCUGUGAAAGUUUCAGUGUUUGUGACUCAUGAAAUUGUGAAAUCAGUUACCAUUAAAUGUUUGCCAAAAUUGUUCGGUUUGAAUCAUGUUUUUGGACCAACGAGCAAACUUGAUGUGCAGUUAGCAAAAGUGGCAAGUUCCCAGUGAGUAAGAUGUAUAUGUGAUGUUACAGUGAGUAGGUCUGUCGUGGAUAAUAUUAGUUAUGUAUAGCAGUUGUGUAUUAGCACAAAUAUCUCUUUAAUGUGUGAUAUGAAUGAAGCAUUGUGUGGUAUGUAUGUGUUGGAUAUUUAAAUUUUAACCUGUUUAUAAAAUCAACAAAAGUAACAAAUAUUGUGAACAAUGUAUGUUGAAAAUACUGUGUCAAUACUCAAAAACAUAUAAAUUUAAUACAAUGUAGUGUAUUAAAAUACAUACAAAUGUAUGACCCACAGCUUUGAUUCUACAAAGUUAAGAGUUAGUUAAGCAUAGACUCAUUUUUGGAGUAGGAAUAUACAAUUUAAUAUGUAAAUGGUACAGCUUAAAUAUAUUUGUAUUAAGAUUUAUAAAUAAAUUUUAAAAGUUACAUACAUUAUAAAUUAAAUUCGGAAUGUACUAUAAGCUGUUAUAGUUUGUCGCUGAAUCUCAGUAACUUCAAUGAAAUAUUUUGAUUGUGAACAUUGGGUUGGAAUGGUUAAUAUAUAUUUAUAAAUGUAAAGCUUGUCAAUUGUGGACUUCAUGUUCUCACGGAUGGCUGACAUAAAUUAUUAAUAAUUAUUACUGAUUUCAUUCGGCUAAAGAUUGGCUUCAUCACUGGAACAGGGGUAUAGAACUAGUAGUAGAUCAUUUUCCAUAUAUUUAAACUAGGUUGGAUAUAUCUUGACUACCUUACUAUCUUUGUUGAGAUAUCAUAUUGCCUUAAUCCGAUUUCCUUGUAGCAGCUUUGUGGAGCGGGUCAUCCUUAUUGUUUAGGAAAGUGAACUGUCCAUGUAUCCUGCUUUUUUGCAGGCACCACUUUUAAUUGAGAACCCUGAUUUUGAUAUUAAAUUUAAACCUAUAUUUUCUUUAAAUACUUCUAAUAAUUCAAAUGUGUCAGAUAUAACUUUAUUUAGUAACAGUAUUUGUGAAUUGAUGUAUUCUCAAUGGUAUUUAAUUAAUUUUCAGGCUAUAAUUUCAUACUUAACUUAAUUUUUAAAUUUUUUCCCAUAAUUAAGUUUAAAUGUUUGAUAUUUAUGCAUCACUUUACAUAGACUGUUAUUAAAAUAUUUGUAAAAUGUUAAGCUAUAAAUGUUGAUUUAAGAGAGUGGCAAUGACUCUCUUGCCACUUCUUUUCAAUAAAGCAAGAAAUUUUCCAAAGUGGUGUUAAAAUAAAUUAAGUGUAUCUUUUUUAUAUUUAUAAGUGUCAUUAUUUUGACCCAUUUGAUCAAUAAAUAACUUGAGAUGGGUUUGGUGGCAAUUUCUCCUCAUCUACAUCAGUUUGACUUUAUCAAAAUAUGAUACUUUCUCUAUGCCUUUUCAUUAUUAUUUCUUGAAUAAUUUUCCAUAUUUUCUAAUUAUAAUUGAUAGACUUCUCAGAUUAAAUCAAAGCUGGUUUUGUGCUUAUUAUUAUACAUGAGCGCUAACAUCAAGUUUUCAUUGGAACUGAAGAGUAAUAUUUGUAUCUGGACAUAGAUAUUAGUUAAGUAAUGUCUGUUGUAUUCUGAUUUUAUACUUACUAUAUGGUAAUACUUUAAGACAACACACUUGUUGUGUAAUCUAUAUUUUUAUUCUCGUUAGAUAGACGUCCUAUUUGAAAAGCUGGUUUUACAAAUUAAAGCUAUCAUGAAUUGGAGCAUAAUAGAACCUAGGCAGUGAUUUAUAUUGUGGGUAUUCAGUGAGACUAUGAGGUCAUGCUAGGCCAUGUGACACUUGUCUGGUUAAAGUUGACUUCAAAGUCGAUGAUCCGUAAGCAAAGUUGUGUUAUGUAUAAAAUACCUCUACUUAAUGAAGUUUUUGAUUUAUGCUGGAAGCUUUAAAGUAACAAAGGAAUAAUGGGAGUAAUUGAUCAAGCCAAGUAAAUGUAUGAUAAUUUUUUUACUUUAUCGAUGUAUUUCUUAAAAAAAUUGUUUUCACCAAAUAUUUUUCAUGAAACCUUCAUACGAACAAGUGAUGUGAAAUGUAGAUAAACAAUUUGUUAUUGUUUUUAAACUAAUUUAUUGGUAACACUGUUUUAAUUGUAUAUAAGUAUCAUAAUAUUAUGAUGGGAUGUGUACAUAUUGAUGUAAAUAGCUGAUGUGAACAUCGGGGCGCUGAGAUGUAUGUAAUCAAAUUAUGUUGACAGUAUUAACAGUAAUUUUAAAUUACAUUAUUAUGUACCCUCCCAGCCACGGUAUGAGUUAUCGCCAAUAUAUGUAUGUCCAUAUUAUUUUAACUCAUCCCUGUAUUCAAAUUAAACUACAUAGGCUGGGUUGACAGAUUUUUUUUUUUAAUUUUGUUUGUGAUGAACAUUAUAUUCAUUCAUUAAACCACCUUUGUGGUAUUAUCUAUCUUUUUAUUAUCUACCUUUCUGACUAUUUACAAUGUUAAGACAAAAAUCAAAUUUUAAUUGAAUAUUUGUGUUGUGUAUAGAACUCUGAACUCUGAAUGUCUACAAACAUUGACUUAAAUCAAUCUUAAAGAUAUGCCUUUUAUGAAUGAGCAUAGAGACUCAACAAUGCCAACAAUUAUUACAAAUUAAAGGCAUAUUGCUGUUGUUGCUUUAUAAACGAAUUAAUUAUUGAUGAAGCGAUAAUCAAAAAUUGUCAAUCAACACUUUAAUAUUCACCAACUGUUGGGCAUUUCAUUUUCACUAUUCUUGUGCUAGUACUGCAUGUAACUGAUUUAAGUAAUACUUGUAUUUUAUCUGGGUGUUUUUCACAAACCAAUCUCAAUCUCCUGAACAUCAUAUGACCCAUAUGAUCAUUUGUCUUCCUCUUCCAUACUAAAAACCUUGCUUUUAUCUUUCAACAUAGUAGUAGUGAAUGAAUAGAACUGUUUCACUUUUUGGGUACUGUCAUUAGGGUUUGAAGUAAUAUUUAAACUAUAGUGACAAUACGGACUAGUAAAAAAAUAAGGACUCUGUGUCACCUACAUAACAGUGAAGCAUCAAAACAAGCCAGUUAAGGUGUAAAUACAUAGCCCCACGCACACACUUACACUAAUAUAAGCCGAUCAGCCGCCAUUACGACAUCUGCCAUCCAUCGUCUGUGACGGACAGUAAUAUCCAGUGUGGCCGGUAAAUAAACAGAAACUUUACCCGAAGAAUUGGGUAAUCCAUGUAAUGGUGUUCUAAGUAGAUAAAUCAUUAUCUGUUUCAAGAUACAGUGAUUUAUGAUAACAGGUAUGUCUUAAGUUAAGACUUAAGACUUAACCAAUUAAUUUUUAAUUUAGGAUAUAAUCUGACUAUCAGAAAUUAGAAAAUCGGAGUUAAAAAUAAUGUGGCUAUAUAAUACUAUGACUAAUAACGGGACAUAAUUUAUGUUAGCUGGUAUCCCCCGUAACUACACACACACUAGCUUAAAGGUGCUUCACUUGUUUAUAUCACGGCGCGGAGUACUCCUUUUUUUACUCGUCCGUGAGUGACAACACAGAAAUAAUACAUUUGACUGCCCUGGUUAUAUAACCGCAAUAAAUUAGGGUAAAUGUGACAAAUAUUGAACUUUGCCUUAUUGAGUAUAAUUUAUUCAUCGAAAUAAGCAGUAUCAUGCUUAUAUGCAUACUAGCAAAAAUGUUAUGCGAUUGUUGAGUUCUAUGAAUAGCAUAUAAUAACUUUUAGGUCGAAUUAGCAUCUUUGUGAUUCCUACAAGAGCAGUCGCACAGGAGAGGCGGCAGUUUUUUUAUUUUCUAUUGUGAACUUCACUUAAUAUGCAAAUGUGAUAAAUACAUAAUGUUCUUGUUGUAACGAAGCUAUUAUUUUAUAGAAGUAAACGUUAUUGAUAUGAAUAUAUGCGUCUAUGAACUUAGUUGCCAUUUAGAAAUGAGAGUAGCUAUUUUAAUAUUAGCUUGUAUAUAGCAAGAAUAGGUUUUAUGGUUAGAGUCAACAAAUAGGGUUGGUUCGUUUUAUAUUUAAAGAGAGGAUUGAAUUGUAAGCUGUGGGUUAAGUAUUUUUUUAAUUCACCUAGGUCCGUAGCCCAGAAAACGUGUUAAUACACCAUCCACGUUUAUUGUCACUGAUUGCAUUCGAUCCAGCCAAUACUUUCGCUCUGAGAUAUCUUCGUGUCAAGCAUUGUCUUUCAUUAAAUAUAUACUUUGCUAUAGGUAAAUUACUAGACGACGAAAAUUAAAAGGAAUACCGCGUAUUAAUGCGGUGAUCCAGGUGUAGAGAUGCUCGUGUAUCUUAUUAAAUCCAUCUUUUGGCUACGGAAAUAUAUACGCUUACCUACUGUUAUAAAUGAAGCACUUCAUCUGAACUAUACUAGUUCGCAAACGUGACCAAUAAUACCGUCUAGUGAAAUAUAUGUACCUAUUUAAAAUAACAUGGUGGUCGGAUAUCGGUGGAUUUACCUCAUCUCGUAAUGUGCCCAAUUUUGUUUGAGCGGCUAAAUGAGUAUAAAGUUUCGCGCAAUUUGACUUAAUACAACUAUUUUGUAUAAAACACUACAUUAGCCUAAUUUGUUAUGAAGCUUAUAUUGGAUAUAAACAGCUGUGCUGUGGUGAAAUUUAAAACGACUCAGACGGGAAGAAGGUUACAACGAGCACUUGGAAUUAGUAGGUAUAUAUAAAAACUUACAAAUAUUUUAUUCGGUUAACAGAAGGGAUAAGUCAACUAAACGUAUUUAUCAAUAUAAUAUUAUUUACACAAGUAAUUUCAGUUCCGAAAAAUACUAGGGUUUGGAUCUUAAAUAAUUUAUACGCUUAGAUAGACUAUGACAGCUGUGAAAUCGUCGAAAAAAAUUUGACUGGAACUAACCUCUAUUAGGAGCAAUUCAUGCACACUGACACAAAGUGAGACGUAGCUUGUCAACUAAUAUUCCUGGCCUGCUUUUAUCGGUUGUCUAACAGCAAUAGACCAUCUAAUAUCAUUAAGAAACUUAUAAAUAAUAUUCCGACAUGAAUAUUGGAUUUAGAUUAAUGUGAGAUGUAAAAAAAAAUAACAUUAUUACUUUACGGGUAUUAUUAACGAUAGUCUCGUUCCAGCCCCCAAAAAUACAAUAAAAGAAAAAUAUACUUCCUUUUUCAUCAAAUCAUUUUUUUUAAUAUACUCGAUUACAUCUUAACUCUCGUUAGGUUUAUGCCCAAAACAUUUCGUAAUGAUGUAGGUUAGACCUCCAUUGUGGAUUUGUUAAAAUGACAUUCAAACGAAACCUUUCAAACUAAUUAAACUCAGACGUGAUUUUUGUAGAUACAGAUUGACAUAAAUCACAACAUUCAAACUCGUUUAAAAUCUAACAAGAGACUAGAGGCAGUUGGAGGUAGGAAUACAUAUUAUGGUGAAAGAACCACUAAAUAUAUACCCCUUUAUUCAUAAUAGUCUGCUAACUUAAAGCAUUGCUAAUUCUCACUCUGUCUUCUUCUAUUGACCUAAGUCAGAAUGAGAAAAAACGCUCCUAAGCGGCUGUUUAAAGUUAGCGGACCAUUAUGAAUAAGGGGGAUAUUGUUCCGAGGCUAUUAAAUAAUCUGAACACCUCUUUUUAUUUAUAGCAUUACAGAGGCAAAUUUGAAAUACAAAUUGAAAAUAUAUUUUUAAACAACAACCUGUAAAGUUUUAGAUUAUUUGCUCGGCGGAGCAGUGUGUUCGUUUGAUAUUCAUUUUAAUAAUACGUCUUGGUUCGUGAUUUUUUUUCUGUUGUUUAUAUUAUGUUAUUUAGUAUAUUUUGUUUUUUUCUAUUGUCAAUUGACACACACACACUUUCUACACAAAUUAUCUUGCCCCAAGUUAAGCAUAUAUAGCCUGUGUUACAAGACGUUACAAGACAAGGUUACAAGACAAUGAUAUAUUUAAUACAAUAUACAUAAACAUACAUAAAUUCAUAUAAACAUACAUAAAUACAUUCAAAAAUCCAUGACUCGAAAACAAACAUCCAUAUUCAUCAUAUAAAUGCUUGCACCUGCCGGGAUUCGAACCCGGGACCUCUAGCUUAGUAGGUAGGAUCGCUAACCACUCGGCUAUACAGGUCGUGAUGACUUACGAAUGUCAACCAAAAAUAUUUUUUUCUUAUUGAAUCUACCGCUACUUCGUAAAGGGUUGAGCUAACGAGAUGAAGUAGCAAGAAACUCAUUGCCACUCUUUUAAAUCAAGAUUUACAUUUUCAAUCGUUUUACAAAUCAUUUCGAUUGCAAUAUAAUAUGUAAAGUGAUGCAACAAAUAUAUUCAAUGUCAAAUAGUCAAUGCCUUACACGAGUAAAUCAAAAAAGUAAAUGUAAAUUAAUACAAAAGUUAUUGAGUACAGUAGCUGCAUCAUACACACACACCGUUAAUAAAUAAAGGUAUUCUCUGAGCAUCUUAUAAGGGAUUAUAUAUAAAAAAGAUGUGGACAAGAAUUGCAAGAGACAGGGACGAGUGGAAAUUAAUGGAGGAGUCUUUUACCGCUAAAGGCGGCCCUUAUGUCGAAAAUAAUAACUCUAAUACUAACAAAAUAGGUACUUUUAUUUAUAUGUACUAUACAGGUCAUCAAUUAUUAUAUUGUUGUAAAACGUACGGCAUUCCACACAAACCCAAGUGGUUUAUGGGUGCUAUAGUAUUGUAUUAACUUUUAUGUUCCUUAUAAUAAAUAAAUUAAAUUAAAAAAAAUAUAUUUAUAUAGCAACAGGCAAGUUACAAGUUUGUAGGUAAGCAAAAAAACGUAUACAUUUUAACAAUCAUACUGCUUAGUUCCAAAUGCUCUGUAUAUUCCUUAGUCUAUGUCUGAGAUCAUGUUAAGUUUAGCAAAUAUAGACUUUAAUUUGGGGAUUAUAAGGUACAAAUUUACAGUAGAUGUGGCCAGUAGUGUUUUUAACGUAUGUAUUUUAUUCGGAUGAGGUAGUACCUAAGUGAUAGAACGAUGAAGCCCAAAGCUACAUAAUAUUAUGUAAAUUGUGUAAGAUUUUUAUCUAUUAGGUACAGCAAAAAUUACUUUAAGUAAUGUAAUUGUUAUAAAUUAUAUUUAUCAUGACCUUAUGAGAAAAUCAAAUACAACAUGUUUAAAAUGAA